GUUGAUUUGUAACACUUUAAAUUUAAAAUUAAUGUCGGUGGAUGCCGGUAGCCUCGAACUGUGAGAGUAAGUUGCUUUUGUGACGUGUUAAAGGAAGAGCAAACAACAACUAACUAUUGAUACGAAGAAGAAGAAGAAAAUAAUUCAUUUGGCAAGAUGGCCGCCGCUGUUAACGGAAUGUUUCGUGAAGAAUUGCGUGAUGCAAUUUUACGCAGUAAAGUACUUGUUGUGGGUGCCGGCGGCAUCGGCUGCGAAAUCUUAAAAAAUCUCGUAAUGUCUGGAUUUGCCGAUAUCGAAAUCAUUGAUUUAGACACAAUUGAUGUGAGCAACUUGAACAGGCAAUUUCUUUUCCAAAAGAAACAUGUGGGAAAGUCAAAAGCUAGUGUAGCAUGUGAAACAGCACUGACAUUCAAUUCAGAUGCUAAAGUUAUUUACUAUCAUGACAGUAUUACAUCACCAGAUUUUGGCUUAUCCUUUUUUAAGAAAUUCACAGUGGUUUUGAAUGCUCUUGACAACAGAGCAGCCAGGAAUCAUGUAAACAGAAUGUGCUUAGCAGCAGACAUACCAUUGAUUGAAUCUGGUACUGCAGGUUACGAAGGCCAAGUUGAACUUAUCAAGAAAGGCCUAAGUCAAUGUUAUGAAUGCACACCUAAAGCUGCACAAAAAACCUAUCCUGGUUGUACUAUUCGCAAUACACCCAGUGAACCCAUUCACUGCAUAGUAUGGGCUAAGCAUCUUUUCAAUCAAUUAUUUGGAGAAGAAGAUCCUGAUGAAGACGUUUCUCCAGAUACAGCAGAUCCUGAAGCUACUGAUACAGCAGGUGAAGUAGCUUUACAGGCAGAAUCAAAUGAUAAGGGCAACAUAGAUAGAGUUUCUACAAGAGUUUGGGCCCAGUCUUGCAAUUACGAUCCAGAGAAACUAUUUACAAAAUUAUUUCAUGAUGAUAUAAAAUAUUUACUAAGCAUGGAUAAUUUAUGGAAAAAGCGUAGACCACCGAUGCCAUUGAAUUGGAAAGAAUUACCAGAUGGAGUUGCUGGUUGUAGCAAAGACAUUACCCAGCCAGGCUUGAAAGAUCAACAACGCUGGAGUGUUUCUAGAUGUGGCACAAUUUUUGCAGAAUCAGUGAAAAAUCUGAGUCAAGCAUUAAAGGCUUCUCAAGAAACUUCGCCUAAUAAUCAUCUUAUUUGGGAUAAAGAUGAUCAAUACGCCAUGGAUUUCGUCGCAGCGUGUGCCAACAUUCGUGCGCACAUUUUCGGAAUUGCUCAGAAAACUAGAUUUGACAUCAAAUCAAUGGCGGGAAAUAUAAUACCAGCGAUUGCUACUACUAAUGCUAUAAUUGCGGGCCUAGUGGUCCUUCAUGCAUUUCGAGUUUUGGAGAACAAUUUGCGAGCCUGCAGAUCUGUCUAUCUGCGCUUGAAAAUGAAUCAUCGUAACCAGUUACUAGUGCCAGAAAAAGCAGUAAAUCCACCUAACCCUCAGUGCUAUGUUUGUGCGCCUACUCCGCAGGCCAUAUUAGCAGUUGAUACUUCCACUAUGAUUAUUAAAGAAUUAGAAGAGCUGGUACUGAAAAAUCGACUCAAUAUGAUCGCCCCAGAUGUCAUGAUUGACGGUACUGGUGCUGUCGUUAUUAGCAGCGAAGAAGGUGAAACGGAAGGGAAUAAUGACAAGAGAUUAGAAGAGUUGGGCAUUAAAGAUGGGACGAUUCUUAAGGUUGAUGACUUUCAACAGAAUUAUUCGUUGACUGUUUUUAUUGUACAUAGAGAAAGACCCGGUCUAAAAGAUGAUAGUCCACCAUUUUUGAUACUCUCUGAUAAGAAUGCACUUGAGCCGAAAGUUCAAGAAAAGGAAGAAAAAGAUAUAGAGAUAGAGAAACCCUCCAAUGGCCAGGCAAUCGAAGUAUCAGAUACGAAGAAACGCAAAAAUGAUGCAACUGAAGAUGAAGUGGUGCCCAAAAAACGUAAGGUAGAAAUCAAUAAUGCGGAUGAUGAUGAUAUUUGCAUUAUCGAGAGUAAUGAUGUGCACCGAAUUUCAUCCGAAUUGAAACAAUCAAUUCCGAAGAAAAUGAAGUCUUCCGAAGAUCUAGAUUGUUUGAUAGUAUAUGAUGAUAAGAAUGAUUAAUUUUGAGAAUAAGUAAAUCUACUUUCACUAAUAAAGAACAGUAAAUCCAAGGACAAAUUCAAAGUGCAAGCAUAAAGAAUAAAAAAACAGAAAGAGAUCACAAAAAUGUAUAAAAAUAAAAUAAGAUCAAGAUAAAAAAAAGAGAUAUAUACAAAGCGGAUGUCCUGCACAUGAUAGAUAUAAUUAAGUAUAGGACAAAGAACGAAAGAUUUUAAAUUGGAAAGCUUUGGGGAUUAAAAAAAAUAAAAAUACAUAACUCUGCAUAAACCAGAGAAUGAGAGGAAGAUUAGUGAU